CACAUGCUAUUUAAACCAUUGCAUCGAGAGUUCCUCUCCAUUUCUGGAUGUAAUUAAGAUGUCGAUGCUCCACAAAAUUUACUUUGCCGGGAGUAUAACGGGUGGCCGACAAGAUGCUGAUUUAUACCUGCGCCUCGUCAAUCACCUGAAAAAGUGCGGGACGGUAUUAACGGAACACGUGGCUAGUUCCACUGUAGAAGCAGAUGAAGAAGCAGAAGGUCUCACAGACAUAUUAAUUCAUGACAGGGACAUAGACUGGUUAAGCCAAUGUGACGUUCUAGUUGCUGAGGUAACACAAGCUUCCACCGGCGUGGGAUACGAGAUCGGAAGAGCAGUGGCCAUGAACAAAACAAUCAUUUGUCUUUUUCGUCCCGAGCCAGAGAAAAGAAUUUCUCCCAUGAUUUCGGGAGCCAAGGGAGAUAAUUUUUACGUCUACCACUACACGGAGGACCAGGUACCGGAGAUUUUGUCCAGGCACUUCAGCUAAACUUCCUUAAAUGGAUUCUUGGUGACAAUCUCUAUGUCUGAUCACAAUUCAUAUGUACAUACACGCAUACUUUAACUGGUGUAAUAUAAAAAAAUCUUGUAGAAUAUACGUUAUUUUUGUACUUAUUGUUUAUGGCACGUAAUUUAAUAAAAACAUGUUUUUUU